CCACGGUGGCCAGCUCCAAUCCUCCACGCAGGGUAACAACACUACCCAUCACUUGCACAAAUCCAGCGUCAUGGCGAACCAUCCGAAACAAGUUAGCAACAACAACAACAACAACAACAACAAUGGCAAUGGCAACAAUAACAACAACAACAAUGGCAACGGAUCCAAUCCUCAGGGUGAUGGUGAUUACCAGCUGGUCCAGCACGAGGUUCUCUACUCCAUGACGAAUCAGUACGAGGUCCUCGAGUUUCUCGGGCGGGGCACUUUCGGACAGGUCGUAAAAUGCUGGAAGAAAGGCACCAACGAGAUAGUGGCCAUAAAGAUUUUAAAAAAUCAUCCAUCUUAUGCUCGGCAAGGUCAAAUUGAGGUCUCCAUCCUGUCUCGUCUCAGUCAGGAAAAUGCGGAUGAGUUCAAUUUUGUACGUGCCUACGAAUGCUUUCAGCAUAAAUCCCACACUUGCUUAGUGUUCGAGAUGCUGGAGCAGAACCUGUAUGAUUUUUUGAAACAAAACAAAUUCUCGCCUCUGCCACUGAAAUACAUCAGGCCGAUCCUCCAGCAAGUGCUCACGGCGCUGCUCAAACUGAAACAACUGGGUUUGAUCCACGCGGACCUGAAGCCAGAGAAUAUCAUGUUGGUUGAUCCCGUCCGACAGCCGUACCGCGUCAAAGUGAUAGACUUCGGCUCGGCCUCACACGUAUCGAAGGCCGUCUGCAACACAUACCUCCAGUCGCGAUACUACCGUGCCCCAGAGAUAAUACUUGGUCUGCCAUUUUGCGAGGCUAUUGACAUGUGGUCGCUCGGCUGCGUCGUCGCCGAGCUAUUCCUGGGCUGGCCUCUAUACCCCGGUAGUUCGGAAUACGACCAAAUUCGCUAUAUUAGCCAGACCCAGGGUCUGCCAACCGAGCACAUGCUCAACAAUGCCAGCAAAACGACCAAGUUCUUCUACCGGGACAUGGAUAGUACGUAUCCGUUUUGGCGUCUUAAAACCCCCGAGGAACACGAAGCUGAGACCAGCAUCAAGUCCAAAGAGGCCAGAAAAUACAUCUUCAACUGUCUCGACGACAUUGGCCAAGUCAACGUCCCCACAGAUCUCGAGGGAGGCCAAUUGCUCGCCGAAAAGGCCGAUCGACGAGAGUUCAUCGACCUACUCAAGAGGAUGCUCACAAUGGACCAGGAGCGGAGAAUAACACCAGGCGAAGCCUUAAAUCACGCCUUCGUGACCCUAGCCCACCUCGUUGAUUACGCUCACUGCAACAACGUCAAAGCCUCGGUGCAGAUGAUGGAGGUCUGCAGGCGUGCCGGUGACUUUACGGCCAGUCCGCCGCACCAUCAACCCGCUCCGGCCCCACAGCCACCACCAACGUCUCUCGUGACCAACUUCCACGUACCAACAUCCAACGGCACUGCCGUCACCCUCACCUUCAACAACCAAGUGCAGCGUCUGGUGCGCGAACACCGCACCGCGCAGUCUGGCUACGACGGCCUCUACCAGAUCUACAGGCCAGACAACGGGCGCCGAACCACCCAGUACAGUAGCUCGUCCAGCAGUUCGACCGGCGGCCGGGGCGGGGUCCACGAUUUCCCGCACCAACUGGUGCCAGGCAUUCUAUGCCCACCGCCUGGCUAUCAGACCAUGCCCAGUCCCACCAAGCACGUCGUCGUGGCGCAACCUCCCCAGGCCCAACAAACCCCGCUGCAGAUACAGCCCUCCAUCAUUUCCCAGCAAGCGGUGGCGGCGGCUGCUGCGGCUGCGGCCACCCAGCAGUACGCGGUUCCCGUUUCGAUGGUGGAAACCGGCCGGCAGAUGCUUUUGACGAACGCGGUGCAAACAUCCUGGCCCGGUGGUAGCAGGCAGAUGGCCGCGAUCGUGCCUUCAUGGCAGCAGAUACCGCCCCAGCACGCUGCCAUCCAGCAGCCACUGCUGAGCGACGCCGCGGAAUGGGGCAGGCCGCUGCUGGUUGAAAGCUCGAUCUUACAGCAGAGACCAGUCUUUCCGGUUACCGAGGUCUACAACACGAGCGCCCUGGUGGACCACGCGCCUCCUCAGAAUUGGGGCAAGCGUAGCGUGAGCAAACACCAUCAGCACCAUCUGAGCGUGCCCCAGCAGUCGCAGCACCGUAGCCACGAGCACAAAAAGGAACAGCAGCAGCAGCAGCUUAGUCCCGUGAAGAAGCGCGUCAAGGAGAACACGCCGCCGAGCAACAGCGGCCGGGGCAGACUUCAGCACUCGCCCCUGCCGACGAUACAGCCAUCGUCGUCGUCGUCGUGGCAGUCGUCUUCGCAGCCGGUACUGGCCUCUCAAUCCUCGGCCUCCUUGACGUCGCACCAUCACCACCACCACCAUCACCACCACUCGUCGUCCUCGUCCUCGUCUUCGUUGUCCUCGAGCAAGCACCAUCAGCACCAGCAGAACGAUCAUCCGGUUCAGGGGUCGUACGGAAGACAGCAAACUAUCACCAUUCAUGACACGCCCUCGCCCGCGGCCUCUGUUAUUAUAAUAAGCAGCGACGACGACGACGAGUCCCCGGAAAAAGGCUGUGGAGACCGACAGUGCAAUGCUUGUCAGAGCUUGGCACCCCGCCUGUCUGGCGAUGGACGUCCUGCCCGUGAGGAGGUCAUUAGAAGCACCGAGUCGACACCAAAGGCAAUGCACAGCAAUCAGACCCAACAGGCUCAUUCGACGACGAACAACGUCUCGUCUUCGUCCUCGUCGUCCCAGCGCGCUCUGCGCAAAAACGUCAUCAAUUGCGUGACAGUCGCGGAUAGCGAUGGCGAGAUCAGUCCAACGAACGGUCGGAUCCACCACCAUCAGACGAUAUUCUACCCGCAGCCGUCGAUCCCGCUGACUCAGCACCAGCAGCAGACGACCCAGCACAUAAAGCACGAGCCGCAGCCACAGCACCAUAUCAAUUCUGGCUACUCUUCACAAUCUCAAAAGAAGCGUCUGUUGGCGAAAGUACAGUCAGAGUGCAAUGUGAUGAACGUCCCGACGAAACCUGAGCCUGGUGUUGAGUACCUCUCGCACCCCUGUCACGCAGCCGCUUGCAAGGAAGCACCGACAUAUCAGGAUGACGGUGGCUAUGAUUACAAUGAAUACUGUUUACAGUACGUGACGACGAGCAACGCCCAGGUGGUACAGGCGCCGGCAGUGCUGCCACCACCCCCUCACCUGCUGGAGCAGCAUAUCGUUUAUACGACGACGGGCGCGGACAAGCGAGUCUCGUGGCCGAGUAAGCGCGAGUACGUGCAGCCUCCAGCGGCGCAUACCCGAGAAAAGUGGGCAGUUGCUGCUGCCAGCGGGGUGCACAGUUACAGGCAGAGCCAAGUUGUGGGUAGCGGAGCCGUGCACCCAAGUCAUGGGGUGUCGAGCCACGCGCACGUCUCGAGUGCAGCCCACCACCUGAGCCCUGGUGGCACGUCCUUGAUCGGCAGCAGCAGCAGCGGCAUCGGCUCGAGCUCCGGAAUUCCCGUGAGCAGCGGUGGCCGUAGUCCCGGCGGAGCCGUCGCCCCGGCUAUGAUAGCCGCGAGUGCCCAGCACCUUGGCCAGCCGCUCUACCAAGAGUACGCCCACGCAGUGCGACCCAGGGCCCACCCGGUACCACCGCCCGUCUACGUGACCGCAGCACCGCCCAGCCAAGCGGCACCACCACCUCAACAGCAAGCGCUCCCUACCUACCAGGGAUUCACACCCGGGUGGGUACCUAGACACCUAGUUGAUGCAUGCACCUCCUCGCCGCUGGCCCUGUACGAUUCGAGCCGCGCUCUGCCACCGCCGGCCCACCACAGCUCGGCCCGGCCGUUGCUGGCCUCGCACGCGGCGCACCCUCUGCCCGCCCACAUGCAGCCUACCGCGGUUUACGGGCUGGCCCCUUUGUCGCCCGCCAAACACCAGUACCAUCAGUCCAGCUUUUGGCUGACCGAGUGAGCUGACGCCAACGAGGCUGGACACGUCCUCGUUACCCUGGACUGCCACCAGCCGUGGAGACUUGCGUAAAACAGUCGCA